AUGGGCAACGACUUCUUCCACAAAAUCGAUCCGGAGGGCGACGUCCUACUCAUCCUCCAUACCCCUUGUGCGCCGUUUGCUGUAUGGGAUGUCAGCGAGGAAACUAGCAUCCAGGAUCUCAAUGCAUGGUUUGCCCUUCCCACCCAGGGUUCUAUUUUCCAAGACCAAUUCGAUACCGACAUACCUUCAGAGGUGGAAGCGCCUGAACCUGUGCCAGUCUGGGAUGGGGAACCUCUUGCUGUCGAAAUGCCGCCCUCUGAAGAAUGCGAAGCAAAAAAGGAUUCAUGCGGCGACGAGCCCCACAAGGCUCCCAAUACUGAUACUUCUUCUGUGAGGUUUCUUCUAUCCUCGCGACACUUGAUAUUGGCUUCGCGAUACUUUAACACUAAGCUCAAAGGCCCCUGGGUGGAAGCUUCAGUUAGUGGUGCUGACGGUCGACGCCAUAUCGAAGCUUCUGACUGGGAUGACCAAGCAUUUCUGUUAUUCAUGCGUGUCCUCCACGGACUGAACAACGAGGUUCCCAGAAAAGUGAGCUUGGAGAUGUUGGCGAAGAUUGCAGUCUUGGUUGAUUACUAUGACUGCUGCGAAGCCGUCGACCUGGCAGCACACAUAUGGAUCGAUUCCCUCAAGGGUUCUCUCCCUCUAGGAUGUAAUAGGGAUUUAAUCUUGUGGAUCCUGAUAUCACGGGUUUUCCAUCAACCAGAUAUCUUUCUGUCAGUCACGAAAACGGCCAUCCAAGAAAGUCGUGCCCCAUUGCCGACACUCGAACUCCCAAUCUCCGUUGGUGUAAUUAGUAGGUAUUCGUUGGUCACACAUGGAGCGAAGAUGUAA